UAAGAGCAUAUUGCUUCUAAGAAAGAAAACAUUUACAAAUACCCUGUUGUCAAACCAUGCCCGCUCCAACAAGUCGUUUGAGAGUGCCUGAGGAGAUUGGGAAGAACGCCGCCGCAUCAGCUCCGCAGAUAAACCAAAAUGAGGAUGAUGUGUUAAUAGACUCUUCCGCGCCCCUGCCGGAGAUAACAACAACCUCCCAAGAUGCAGACACCGAGAUGCACGUUGAUGAGGAAGGACGGCCACUAUUCACCCCUAUAAAAGCGACAGACGGCGCGUAUCGUAUAGAGAAUCGGAAGGUGCCCGUUCCGCCUCAUCGAAUGAGCCCGCUGAAAGCUGCAUGGCCGAAAAUAUACCCUCCGCUCGUAGAGCACCUAAAGCUACAAGUCCGAAUGAAUAUUAAAAGCAAGGCCGUUGAAUUACGGACCUCGAAACAUACUACCGACACCGGCGCAUUGCAAAAAGGAGAAGAUUUCAUCAAGGCGUUUACCCUUGGGUUUGACGUAGAUGAUGCGAUUGCGCUACUCAGAUUGGAUGACUUGUACAUUGAAACAUUUGAAAUAAAGGACGUCAAGACUUUGAACGGUGAGCAUCUGGGGCGAGCAAUUGGCCGUAUCGCUGGUAAAGAUGGAAAAACGAAAUUCGCCAUCGAGAAUGCUAGCAGGACUAGAGUUGUCCUUGCGGACCAAAAAAUCCACAUUCUCGGGGGAUUCCGAAACAUUCGCAUUGCUCGGGAAGCAAUUGUUAGUUUGAUUCUGGGCAGCCCCCCGGGCAAGGUAUAUGGGAACUUGCGAACUGUGGCCUCACGGAUGAAAGAACGGUUCUGAAAAGGUUCGAUUUUUUAAACAGAUACCAAAGGCGUUUUGGGCUUUUUACUUUUCGAGAUGGGAUUUUACUUGGCGAACGAAUUUGCAUGGCAUACG